AUGGCCGCCACCACCGGCGGGCUGGGUAGCGAUGCAUUUGAAGCUGAACUAGUGGGGGUCAGAGAAGGAGUUAAAGCGGUGCUGAAUGAAGCGGGACUUAACAGAUUAUACAUGGGCCAUAUGAUAGAGGAGAUUAAGGAGUUUGUUAUCAGAAGGGGAAAAAAAAGGUGUACUAAGUGCACACGGAGAAGAAAAGAGGUACUCCGAGAGAGUGAACGGCGGCGACCGCCGACCGGCUCCCCUCCGGCGCGGCGAAUCACCCACCACCACCCGUUGACUUACUUUAGCGAUGUCGCCGCUCUUUCUCCUCCCCCGAGCCCGCCGCCGCAGCCGGCGACAUCUGCGUCGUGGGCAGCGGCAUCUCGGGCGCCUCCGCGGCCUUCUUCCUCACCAACCACACCUCCUCAUCGUCCUCCAACCCGGGCCGCAGCUCCGCGUCUUCGAGCAUCGUGGCCGGUUCGGCGGCCGCCUGGCCACCGUCAUCUCGCCGGUGAAGAAUUCCAGGCCGGCGGCUCCAUCGUCCACCCGCGCAACCUCCACGUGCGCCGCUUCACCGACCUCCUCGGCCUCGCCACCAAUACCGGCCGGGACGACGACGAGGACUGGGUCGGGAUUUGGGACGGCGCCCGCUUUGUCUUCAAGACGCUCCGCCCGCCGCCGCCGGGGAGCUCCUGGCUGCGCCGCGUCCUCGCCAACUCGCUCCGGCCGCUUAAACGCUAUGCCUUCCCGCUGCUCAGGAUGGACAGCUUAGUCCAGCCGAGUAGUAAAUUCUCUACGAUGAAUUCGAGUCCCGCCCGUGUUCGACAACGUCGAGGAGAUGCACUCAAGUGGUCGGGCCUGUAUGGGGUCACUCGCCGGACACUCGAGGAGGAGCUCAUUGAUGCCAGCCUCAAUUCUCAAACUAUAACAGAGCUUGCCACUGUCGGGUCCUCUUCCUACGAGCAACAUUAAUUGUUGGGAGAUGUCCUUUACAAAUCCCUCGAGUAGCCAAGGCGAAGAGCUUGGAUGACCACGAGAGUUGCCGAGCCGCCUGAUGCCACUUGAUAUGAUGUUAUGAAGCUCGAGCACUUUAUAUGUAGAUCUAAGAGACCUUCCUUUCCUUUUUUGGGAGUGUGUGACACCCCCUGUUGUGUGCGUGUGUAUUGAAUUAAUCCUGGGGAGAAGUGAAUAGUGACUUUUUAGCUGUUGUAACUCACCCCUGUGUUGAGCUUUACUUGUUGGUAUAGAACCUGUUGCAAAAAUGUACCUUAAAAGAAAGGGAAAGCCACUUGGCACUUUAUUCAA